ACUAGACAUUCGGGUCGAGCUGCUAAAAAGUGCCUGCCUGCCGUCUAGGGACCGUCCCAGUCGCUGCGCACGCGUUUUCCUGCUUACCGCUGCCUAUUAUCGUCAGUGUAGGCAAAGCGCGGUACCGCUAACCGCGCCAAAGCCCAAUCAGCUCCUGAGACUUCCUGGUCAUCCGCGUCGUUCCGCUGCGAGCCGCUGCACCAACGACACCAUGACCUCCCUCCGCCGAUUAACGAAGGAGUUCGAGGCCCUCGAGAAGAACCCGCUCGACUUCUGCGAGGUCGCGCCCGCCGCCGACAAGCUGUCCGCCGAAGCAACACUCCAGGGCCCGCCCGGCACGCCCUACGCGAACGGCGUCUGGACUUUGGACUUAACCUUCCCCGAGAACUACCCCUUCAAGGCGCCGACCGUCACGUUCCGCACGGAGAUCAAGCACCCUAAUGUCAAAACCGACACCGGCGAGGUCUGCCCCGAGGUCUUCUUCCCGAACUGGUCGCCCACCAUGAAUGUUAGAUUAGUCCUCUCGAACGUGCGCGAGGUCCUCAAGAAUCCGGUGGUGGAGACGCCCCUCGAGGCCGAGCUCGCGGAGCUCUUCGCGAACGACCGGCCCAAGUUCGACAAGCUCGUCAAGGACCACGUGAAGGGCCUCGGGAAGAAGAAAAAGUAGAGCUGCUGUGUAACCUUGUUCUAGUCUU